UUGUGCUGCUAUUGCAAAAUCUUUUUACCGGCCGGGAAAUACGUAAAUCUGCGUGCAUCGGCUGCGACCCGCCAAUCGCAGCUGCCGUCACAAAGUGUCUUGCUGGAGCGUUGCUGUAUAGUGGAAGUGUGAUUGAAGGAAGCGGUCUUCGUCUGUGGUACACCUGUGCAUUGCAUCCGUAAUCCGCCCCGAACAUGGAUACCGUCAAGAUAAGCGAAUUGCUUCGUGCCACCAUCGACCCAACGCAACGAUUGCAGGCCGAGGAGCAGCUAAAUCAGGUACACAAGAUCAUCGGUUUCCUGCCCAGCCUGAUGCAGGUGAUUAUGCAAAAUGAGCUGGAAAUACCGGUCCGAUUGGCGGGUGCCAUCUACAUGAAGAACCUGAUCAACAGCAGCUGGCAGGACCGCGAGGUGGAAUGUGGCAAUCCGAUCCCGUUCGCCAUUCACGAGCAGGAUCGCGCCAUGAUUCGUGACACGGUCGUCGAAGCGAUCGUGCACGUGCCAGCUGAGGUGAUCAAGGUGCAGCUGUGCUUCUGCCUGAGCCACAUCAUCAAGAACGAUUUUCCGGGCCGGUGGACGCAGGUAGUGGACAAGGUGAGCCUGUGCCUGCAGAACAGCGAUCCGAACGCGUGGCACGGUGCACUGCUCUGCAUGUACCAGCUGGUGAAGCACUACGAAUACAAGAAGUCAGCCGAACGUGGCCCGCUUACCGAGGCGAUGAAUCUGCUGCUGCCACAGAUCUACACCAUCAUGAUGAACGUGAUCAACGAGCCGUCGGAGCAGAGUGUGCUGUUGCAGAAGCAAAUACUGAAGAUAUUCUACGCGCUCACGCAGUACUCGCUACCGCUGGAGGUGAUCACGAAGGAUGUGUUUUCGUGCUGGAUGGAAAUCUGCCGCCAGGUCCUGGAACGGCCGGCACCGGAUGCCUCGCACAUUGAGGAAGAGGAACGGCCACAGCAUCCUGCGUGGAAAACGAAAAAGUGGGCCUCCCAUAUCAUACUGCGAAUGUUCGAAAGGUACGGCAGCCCCGGCAAUGUCAUCUCGAAGGAGUACAAAGAAUUUUCCACCUGGUUCCUGCAAACGUUCACCAGCGGUCUGCUGAUGGUGUUGCUGAAGAUUCUGGAUCAGUAUCGCAACAAGAUCUACGUGUCGCCGCGCGUCAUGACGAACACGCUCGACUACAUCAAGACGGCCGUUUCGCACGCGUUCUCGUGGAAGAUGCUGAAACCGCACAUGAUCGAAAUCAUCCGGGACGUGAUCUUCCCGCUGAUGUCGUACACCGACGCGGACGAGGAGCUGUGGGAGAACGAUCCGAUCGAGUACAUCCGCAAGAAGUUCGACGUGUUUGAUGAUUUCGUGUCGCCGGUACAGUCGGCCGAAACGCUACUGCACAACUGUUGCAAAACGCGCAAAGGCAUCCUGACGCAGGUGAUGCAAAUCAUUAUGCAAAUCAUCAACACGCCCGGGCUGGAUCACAAGGAGAAGGAUGGCGCUUUGCACAUGGUUGGUUCGCUGGCGGAAGUGUUGCUGAGGAAGAAAAUCUUCAAGGAGCAAGUGGAGCAGCUGUUGAUGCAGUACGUCUUUCCGGAGUUUGCCAGUCCGCACGGGCAUCUGCGUGCGCGGGCCUGCUGGGUGAUGCAUUAUUUCAGCGAUAUCAAGCUGAAGAACCCGCAAGUGCUGGAACAGAUCAUGCGUUACUUGAGUAACGCGCUGCUCACCGACAAAGAUCUCCCGGUGAAGGUGGAAUCGGCCAUGUCCAUGCAGAUGUUCCUCAUCUCGCAGGACGAUGCCGCCCCGUUUCUGGAGAGUCAGAUAAAGGACAUCACGAUGGAGCUGCUAAGGAUCAUUCGCGAGACGGAGAACGAAGAACUGACGACCGUUCUGCAAAAGAUCGUUUGCACGUACUCAGAUCAGCUGCCGCCGAUAGCGCUUGACAUCUGUCAGCAUUUGGCCACCACGUUUAGCCAGGUGUUGGAAACGGAGGAAAACAAUGACGAGAAGGCGAUUACUGCGAUGGGACUGCUGAGCACGAUGGAAACACUGUUGGCCGUAAUGGAAGAACAUCCGCAGGUGCUGGCAGCACUGCAUCCGAUCGUGCUGCAGGUGAUCGGGCAUGUGCUGCAGCAGAAUGUGGUCGAGUUUUACGAGGAAGCGUUCGGGCUAGUGUGCGAUUUGACAUCGAAGAGUAUCUCCCCGGACAUGUGGAAGAUGCUGCAAAUCAUUUAUGAGCUUUUCCAGAAAAAUGGAGCCGAAUACUUUGUCGAUAUGAUGCCAGCUCUGCACAACUACAUAACGGUUGAUACGCGCGCUUUCCUUUCAAACCCGAAUCACGUCAUCGCGAUGUACAACAUGUGCAAGUCGAUCCUCACCAGUACUGCUACGGAAGAGUCGGAGUGUAGUGCUGCCAAAUUGCUAGAAGUAAUUGUUCUACAGUGCAAGGGGCUCAUUGAUGAAUUCAUACCGAGCUUCGUUGAGCUGGCAUUGAUGCGGUUGACGAGAGAAGUGAAAACGUCCGAGCUGCGAACGAUGUGUUUACAGGUGGUUAUUGCAGCUAUCUAUUACAAUCCUACCCUGCUGUUAGAAAUUUUGGAAAAAAUUCCCAUACCGGUACCGGAUUCGUGUAUUACAGCUCACUUCAUCCGACAAUGGCUGCACGAUUACGAUUGUUUCCUUGGCAUUCACGAUCGUAAGCUGUGCAUUAUUGGCCUGUGCACGUUGCUGUCGCUGGGCGAACGCAAACCGGCCGUACUGAGUGAGCUGCCGGACAAAAUCAUUCCAACGAUGCUGAUGGUUUUCGACGGACUGAAGCGUGCCUAUGCCGCCCGUGCAGCCGAGGGCGAAGAGGAGGAGAGUGAGGACGAAAGCGAAGAUCUGGAAGAUGGAUUGUCGAGCGACGAGGAUGAUGCGGAUGAAAUUAAUCCAUACUUCAAGAACAUGUCGAAGAUGGUGCAGGAAAGAGGAGCGGAAGCCGGUUUCGAAGUUACUGCAUCGAUUCAGGAUGCUGAUUCCGAUGAAGAAGACGAUGAUGACGACGACGAUGAUGACGAUGGUGAUGAAAUCGAUGAAACUGCACUGGAAAGCUACACAACACCACUGGACGAUGAAGAAAAUCCGAACACGGUUGAUGAGUACAUUAUGUUCCAAGACAUUAUGAACAAUCUUCCCAGCACUGACCCGAACUGGUAUACGAUGCUUACCAGAAAUUUGAAUGCAUCCGAGCGAAAGAACUUACAAGAAGUGUUAGUGUUGGCCGGUCAGAAAAAGGAAACGAAACGCUCGAAAGAAAUUGAAAAGAGUGGAGGUUAUCAGUUCACGCAGCAUCAGAUACCAACCAGCUUUAGCUUUACGGGACAGCAACAACAGUAAUAGAGCUUUGGUAGCGAGGAAAUGCAUUAGCCAAACCAGUGUUGUGCACGCUCUAGUCGAUGCAUUCAACAUGCACUACUAGUGCUUACAGUAAUCGCUAUAACUACUACUGCUACUACUAUUACUACAGCUACCGUCCGCUUAAGCUGAGCGGCAACAAACACACCUCAUUUUGAUGCAUACGAGAUUCGUGGUCAUUCCGCGUCGUUUCUCGCUUGUUUCUUCACUCAGUGACUGGUUCUCUCAUCUCAUUCUAUCCCAAUAUCCUCUCCUUCAACGCUGCCUGCUCGCGUGAAUGGUGGUGAACCGGACGCGAAGGAAAGGAGCCCGGAUUUUUUUUUGUGUGUGUGCGAGUAUGCAUAUUAGUACGCUUAUAAUGUUCUAUGUUUUGUACUAUCAAUUUUGUUUGCUAUCCGGGCGCAGUCAAACAUCCGAUAUUGAUUCCCGCUUGGAAUGCUUUAUCUCGACGGUAUCAACAUUUACCAAUUAUAUUGUAUCAACACGGAGAAAACAAGUGUGCGUGUGUGUUUGUGGGAGUAGAUAGGAUGGAACGAACUCUAGCAACGUUUUACUCGAUCGAUUCAGCAUCAGAAUCAGAAAGUGGGACGAAGAUCAGGGAUGUCUUAUAUUCCCGAAGCAGGUAUUGAAUGGAAUUUGUUUCCCGAGGCAAGCGAAACCAUUGCACACCCAAUUGCUAAACCUGCGUAGCGAUAGAGCUAUUGCUAUCAUUCUGUCGUCGUUAUUUAGCAUUGAGAAACUUAUUAACAGCUCCAAUAUACAGCUGCUUCUAGCAUACGAAGGUGUACUGUGCGUAAUUGUUAUUUACAUAUUUGUUGAAAGUCGCGGAAAGCGUUGUGUCCGAAUGUUUCGCCGUGCCUUCAUUACUCAUGACCAAAGGCUGGCAACAAUUCACAACAUACGAUCGUUUGUUCCUCGCUUUGAAUGGAAAGGUAGGAGCGCGCGAUUAGGAAGCGCAAAACCCGCCAAAUCGCAUAGCGUAGCGACUUAGUCCGAAACGCUUCGCUGGCGACUUCCGACGUAAAAUUUUGAACAGAAGUAGUGAGGGCGCGCUCGUUCGCACACCACGUCCCUGCUUAGUUCUGGAUCCAACUGUGAUAUAUUGAUCCCAACUCUUGUCUACCGCGAUGCCAGGGGGGCAAGUUCUGUAGAUAGUCCCACAUCGCGGAGAAGAGUUUCUUGGCGAGAACAGAGUACUGUACUAGGCUCGAUAUUUAAUUUUUCCUAUUUUUUGUGGUUGUUUAAUUAGGGGGGAAAAGCGGGGAAGGGGAAACGCACGCGACAGUACAGCCAGGAUAUGGUGGAAAACGAAUCGAUUGUUUUUGUUUAUAAUUGAAGCUUUAGGAGCAAAAAAAAAAUGUAAAUGCAAAAUUCGUAAUCUGCCCUAGGGGGGGACACGUAUGAUGUUAUCGGUGGCCUUUUUUCUAAGCUGGAAAGGCACUCAAUUGAAGAUAGGGAGAGAACAUCAAAAAGGGCAACAAUAAAAUGUCACAAUCGCACACGCACACCCAAAAAAAAAAAGAUUAAAAUCAAUUAUUAUUGUGUUAGAAGAAGUAUCAAACAAUUGGAAACGAACAUUAUCCAUUAUAUGAUGCAUCCA